UCCAUCAUGUCAAGAGAGCGACAUGCGCUCUCAAGAACACUUCUUCUUCUACCUCUUCCAUGGCGCAAAGUAUGUAGCACAAAGCUAGUUCUUGAGCACUAGCUCGAUCGAGAGCUAGUGCUGCAGGGUUCUCUUCUUCAACCUAGAAUCUAUGGUGUUUCUGAGCAAUGCACUUGCUCUGAUCGGCCAAGCUUAAUAAUCGCGAUAUUUAUUAAUUUAUUAAUUUAUUAUCGGUGGUCGUCGUCGUCGAUCCAUGGAGUCCAAUGGCGGCGGCGCACCGCGGCGGCUGCUGGCGCGGAGCGCUACCACAACGGCGUCACGCCCCGGCGCCGGCGCGUUCGUGUACGACGGGAUGCGCCCGGCGCCGCUCUUCUCGUCGACCAACUUCGCGCGGUCCCUCCGCAAGGCGGCGUCGUUCGCCGGCGACAGCAAGAAGCACAGCGGCGGCGACGAAGGCGCGAAGGCCCCGCCACGGCGGGCGCUGAGCAGCAAGGAGAACAACGUCUACGGUAACGGCGCCGUGGACGCGGCCGCCGCCUUGCCUUCGCCCGGGCGCCGGUCGUUGCACGAGCCUGGAGCGGCCGCCUCGAGGGGGAGCCCGUGGGAGCCGGCGAGGCGGCCGAGGCGGAGCCCCGCGGGGUCGUCGUCGUCUCCGCCGGAGGAAGUCGGGAGCACGAGGGGAUCGGCGGUGCUGAGGGACAUGAUGACGCGGAAGAAGGAGGAGCCCGAGAAGGAGGAGGCGGCGCACCGCGCCCGCAUGCUCACCGCGCGUCUGCUCCAGUGGCGCUUCGCCAACGCCCGCAUGGAGAAGGCCAUGGCCCGCGCUACCUCCGCCGCCGAGAACAAGCUGUUCUACACGUGGCUGCGCGUGGCGGAGCUGCGGAACAUCCAGGCGGCGAAGCGGAUCGUGGCGCAGCGGCGGCGGCAGAAGCUGAAGCUGGCCAGGCUGCUCCGCCCGCAGCUCCCGCUGCUCGCCUCGUGGGACCCGCUCGCCAAGCCGCACUCCGACGCCGUCGCCGACCUCGCCGGCGUCCUCGCCGCCGCCUGCACCGCCGUCCCCUUAGCCGACGGCGCCCAAGGCGGCGUGGAGAGCUUGCACGACGCCAUGUUCGCGUGCGUCGGCACCGUGAACGAGAUCGAAGCCAACGCCGACACGUUCUUCACCACGGCAGGAGUGACGAGCAGCGCGCUGGAGGAGCUCGCGACGACGAUCAAGCAGGAGGUGGAGGGCCUUCAGGAAGCCAUGAGGCUGGCAAGGAUCGUCACUAGCUUGCAGGUUCAGGAAGUCAGCCUCCGGGCAAACUUAAUUCAGGCAAAGCAGAAGCUUGACAUGGGAUCAAAUGGAGCAUCAGCACCAGGAAUUACAACAUCUGGUUGGUGUUUCUGAUUUCAUCAAAUGACGGAGCAGAGUAAACUCAUCAUUCGGCCACCAUAAAUUAAGAUGCAAGAAUUGCAUCAUCAUUGUCACGGACUGACGGGUGAUCUGAUCAAACCGACCUUACUGAUGUUUUCUUGUGUGUGUCUGAAACAAGUAAAUUAAACAAAUAGAAGAUGACCAAGAAAUUAAAGAUAAGACAUGGUCCCCUUCUCAGCCGGUUGCAGUAAUUUCCGAGGUAAAUGUUCAGUUUGUUGGAAAGGGCACUAAUUCGUUGGUCUAUUCAUGUCCAUGAAUGUUCAUGGAUGUUAUCCCCCUCGAUCAAUAUAUGUAUCUGUGUAGUAGAUCACAGUUUGUGGAUAGAGCUUGAGUUACUCCAUGGGUAUACAAUAAGCAUGUUCAGUAUUCAGAAAUGUAACAUCAGUUCUUCCUUUAAGGGCUUGUCUAUAAAUACACAUGCAACUGUUGUUUGAAUUUCUCAA